CCAGAGGCGAUUGGAAUCCACAACUCAACCAAGAUGUCUGGCGAACGAGAGAAAGAUAAAUCGAAGGUCCAUAAGCUUUCCCUGAAAGGCUCAGCCAAAUAUGUCGCCGAAUUCUUCCAAUACUCCAUAAACACUAUUCUGUUCCAACGAGGUGUUUACCCCGCGGAGGACUUCACACCAGUUAAGAAAUAUGGCCUCACAAUGCUGGUCUCCUCCGAUGAUCAAGUCAAAGCGUACAUCAAGAAAAUAAUGUCUCAGCUCAACUCAUGGAUGAUCGGUGGCAAGAUCUCGAAGCUCGUGGUCGUCAUAACAAGUAAAGAUACGGGCGAGCAUGUGGAGCGAUGGCAAUUCGAUGUCCAAAUCUUUUCCAAAUCCUCCAAGAAAUCCUCAUCCAGGAAGGCUACCGAUAAAGAAAAUGCCGGCCCGGACGACGCCCCCUCGCCCCCUGCAGCAGAGAAGACCGAAGCUGAGAUCCAAGCCGAGAUCCAGUCCAUCUUCCGACAGAUCACGGCUUCGGUGACUUUCUUGCCGCAGUUGGAAGGCGACUGCACGUUUAAUGUCCUGGUGUACGCCGAUGCGGAUAGUGAGGUCCCCAUGGAGUGGGGCGAUAGCGAUGCCAAGGAGAUUAAGAAUGGGGAGAAAGUCCAGUUGAGAAGUUUUAGUACGAAUAAUCACCGGGUUGAUACUUUGGUUAGUUAUAGGGUUGGCGAGUAG